GUUGUGUGUGGUGUUUCCUACGACAGCUCGGAGUAGUUCAUCAAAAACGCCCUACUUGAGUUUUUGGCCGCUGCGGGCUACGAAAAACCUCUCCGCGCCUUUUUGGACAUUCAGUCUGUUCCGUGCGCCACGCUCCAUCACGUCCCGCCUCACAACCAUCACAGGUUCACCAUGAACUUCCUCCUGGAGACACUGCAGGUGCUGCUGCUGUCACUAUGGUUUAAUAUUGAGUGGUUGAUCCACUUGUUAAUCCCACGGAGAAAGAAGAGCAUUAGGGGAGAGGUGGUGCUGAUCACCGGGGCAGGCAGUGGCAUCGGUCGGCUGAUGGCGCGGGAGUUCGCCUCUCACCAGACUGUGCUGGUACUGUGGGACAUCAACCAGGACGGUCUGAAGGAAACAUCCACACUCGCCCAGGAGAAUGGAGCGGUGCAAGUCCACUCUUAUGUCUGUGACUGCAGCAGCAAGAAUGAAGUGUACAGGGUCGCUGACCAGGUGAAGCGCGAGGUGGGAGAUGUCAGUAUUCUGGUGAAUAACGCUGGGAUUGUAACAGGGAAGAAGUUCAUGGAUGCUCCCGACUCGCUGAUCGAAAAGACCAUGGAAGUGAACGCUAUGGCUCACUUCUGGACGUAUAAGGCAUUCCUUCCUGCAAUGAUCGCUAACAACCAUGGACACCUGGUUAGCAUUGCCAGCUCAGCAGGUCUUCUUGGAAUCAAUGGACUGGCAGACUACUGUGCCAGUAAAUUUGCAGCAGUAGGAUUUGCAGAAUCCAUUGGACUGGAAAUGCUGGCCAUUGGUAAAAGCGGUGUCAAAACAACCAUCGUUUGUCCGUAUUUUAUAAACACGGGCAUGUUUGAUGGAUGUCAAACCAAGUGGCCCCGUCUGAUGCCCAUCCUAGAUCCUGAGUAUGCAACCAAAAAGAUCCUGGAGGCCGUUCUGACCGACCAGGUCUAUCUGCUCAUGCCCCGCAGCAUGUACGCCAUCGCUGGACUGAAGAAUAUCCUCUCUACAAAGCAUGGGCUCGUGCUGGGAGAAUACCUCGGGGCCUUCAACCUGAUGGACCACUUCAGGGGACGCACCAAAAAGCUAGAAUAGAGGGACACCACAAAGCCUUGUCAACAGACAUUUCUGUACAUUCAGGGUUACACAUUUCACAGUUCUUCAUGACUGUGGCAGAUAAUAGCCUAUGUUUGCUUGCAUUUCAUUUUAUUCUUUGUGUCAUCGUCAUUUCAGAUGUUUCUGUCUGGAACAGGAGCUGCUCAGGACUGACCAAUUUAGUGUCACACUUAAAAUCCGGAUUGAAGAAUGGUCUCUUCCAAAAAAACAUACAGAGCACAGGAUAAAUAUCAGAGAUGUUUAACUGACUUGUUGACUUGGAAAAUAGAUCACAUAAAUUCAAACUGUGACUACAACAUGAAGUGUAAGAUUUCAUUAAGCCUACAGUGCACUAGCUUCUUUUUAUUUAAUUUUUUUUACUUUGGCAGUACUUGAUGAAGGCCAUGGGCAUUUAAUAAAAUUAACUCUCAGUGUCUAUUUAGUCACAUCUCAUAAACUUAACUGUGUCUGUAAGGUUGUGCUUCUAGUCCAUGAUGACUAGGCAGUGUUAUGCUGUGUUUAUGAAGUCUAUAUGUAGAAGGCAUAUAAACCUUUUCUGAUAUUGUCAUGUAUUACUCAUAUACUCAUACUGACACCUCACAUUGUAUCAUGAUAUCAUGCUCAAAGUGCUCUUUUCCACCUUGUGUUGUCAUCAAGUGGUACUUUUUAAAGUUAAUAGCUAUUUUAGCCUCAAAUGAACUGAAUUACUGCACAAUAUAAUAACUGAGUUGUUGCCUUUUAAAAAAAUAUUUAAACUUUGUUCAGUUAAAAUUCAUACACAUACACAUAAAUAAUCUUUUUGUGUAGCGAGAAGUAAAGUUUCAACAAUGAUGUCGCUUCAAAGUUUGUCAAUUCUAGGGCUGCAGAUUCUGGUGAAGAUGUAUGGAGUGAUGUGUUUUCAGUUUGAGAGAACUCAGCCUAAAUCUGCAGGGUUUGUGUGUUAAACAUGUGUGAAUGAAACAAAAUACAACUCCAGGUCUGUUUUGGUAAGGAACAUUAUAACUUAGAUCAAAAUUUGUGUAAUAUAGACCCUUUAAUGUGUAGGCCCAUGUGACUGUAUCUUAUUUGUGUAACUACUGCUGCAACACAUAUUCAUAUUAUCAUUAAAAGGACAGUAUUGUG